UUUAACUUAGUUCGUCCCUUGUUGUAGUUUAUUAAACUUUUUAAAAUUUUAAGAAGUGAGGCGUCGUUUCUCACAGCAAAGAAUUAGACCACUUGAUUUGUAGGGGGGGUGGAGAAAGUCAAGAUGAAUAACCCCGAGGCUGUGGAACUCUGACGGAGCCAAAGUUGUAAAAUCACUUCGGACUGCCUGUGACCCCAGGGAGCCUUGGGAAUUAACAGCGGGACAGGAAUGGGGAGCUCCUGGUGAUCCGGGCACUUUCUCCUUCAUGUUACUGACCUGGGAGGAGCCGCUUUGGGAUGUGGAUCCCAAAGGAGCAAGAAGUACCAGGAAGCGCUGCUGAUCUGGACAGACCCCCUUUGCCUGCUGCUGCCCCACAGUGAACAGAUGUUACUGACCUGGGGGGGAUCCACUUUAGGAUACAGAUUCCAAAGAAGCAAGAAGUACCAGGAAGUGCCGCUGAUCUGGACAGACCCCCUUUGCCUGCUGCUGCCCCACAGUGAACAGGGAGCCAGUGAGGAGCUGCAUUGUCCAUCCCUGGAUUCUCCAUGCACUGACUUCCCAUCCACUCUCAUCACAGCUGGGGGCCACAUCCCACCGCCUGCCCAGUGUCCAUCCAUGGAGGUGAGCACUGUGUCCGUACCUCCCGCCUCAGCCAUGGAAGGAGGUGAUCUGUGUGAAAUCAGUGUCAUCAACAUGGUCAUACACAAUGUGGCACUGUUCAUCUGCCUCUGUGGGCUGGUUGGGAACGUGCCUGUCUUCUGGAUAUUCAGCGUCAGAAGUUGCACCGACUUGCUGGCUGAUCUGACUACCACUGACUCCCUCUUCCUCUUCUUUGCGGUCCCCUACACCCUGCUCUGCCUGGUGAAUGACGUGUUCUGCUCCACUUUGGUGCCCCUGAGGUGCUUGAACUUGCUUUUCCAGCUGUCACUGUUUGUCUACCACACAGAGCUGUUAUGGCUGAUGAUCACCAACAUCAAGAGGUACUGGCCCAUCAGCUUCAUAUUCUGGCGCCACGUCUACCAAUACUUGAGCGAGUUGUGCAUGAUGAUAAGACCCCUGCACUGGGCCUUUUUCUAUGCUGUCAUUGAUGUCAUUCUAAUAGCAUAUUUCCCACACCUUUCCCAAGUGAAAUGCCAGCUGGUUUGCAUGUCCUUGGACAUCCUCAACCACCUCCUCUUUGCUGCACCCUGGCUCAUUUCCACUGCAAUCCUCUACGUUAUGGUCAUUUUUCAUCCUCCACAGGAGAAACCCUCUAGUCUCGAACGCAUUAUCUUCUUCUCUGCACUCUACUCCUUCCCCAUCAGCCUCUCCAAUUUCAUGGGGCACCUUGGCUACACUGUGGUGUCCUCUCAGGUGGUUUUCCUGUUCACCUGCAUCCAGACCAGCAUCAAACCCUUCAUCUACUUCUGGGUAUGGUGGGUUGAGUACAUAAUAGUAUGAUGCCGCUCCAUGUCCCUCUGGCUCUUCUUCCAGAGGGUUUUUGCUGAAAGUCAACAUUGCCAGCAGCAAUGAUGCCACCAUGGACACAGCUGUCCCAGAUUGUUGAUCCCCUCCACUACACUGAUGAUGGACCAGUACAGUUGCUGAGGAUUUCCUUGAGCCACUGGAUUAAUAAAUAUCCACGGGAUCACCCUCCCCUGCUGUAUUACUGCAAGAGAGGGGAGCAGGGGCAUGUGGGACAGAUGUCCUGCAUGGAGCACACUGGAGUAUGGCUUUCCUCCUCCCUCACAGAUCCUAGAACACUACUCCACCAGAGUGAUCCAGACAGCUGUGAUGCCAAAAUUCCCCCUGGCACCUGGUUCCUGCAUCCCACUGUGGUCUGAUAUCAAUAAACAGCUUCGUUAACGCUGAGCUGCCUUCGCCCCCUCUGCCGAGAGUGUCACAGCAGAGAUAUCCCUGGUCCUGGGUGGCACGGGGCAGGAGCAGGGCUGGAAGGGGGAAGGCGGCUCUGGGGUGUCGGAUGGGUCAGGAAGGGUCUGGAUGCUGCCGAUCCCAAAUGUCACACCUGGAGGGCAGCAGAGCACAACGGGCAGCGCUUCAAGCUGGG